UGUUCCCUUCCAGUACCUGUUUACAAGUAAAAUCAAAGCAGAGUUCAGCCUUGUGGGAGGAGAGAGAAGGUGGGGGAGGAGAGAGUGGAUUGCACAAAAGAACUAGUUUAUCAGGCGUUUCAGACAACAGUCUGUCCAAUAAAUAACUCAUUAAUUUACGGAAAAAGGUUGUUACUGUAGGAUGCAAUGAUGCAUUCUCCAACUCUGGAUGAAAGGAUACUCCUUGAGCUUUUGUAAUGUCGUUCAAGGACUGCUGCAGAAGCUGUGCAGUGAGCACUUUAGUUGGUUGUUAGUGGAUUUUUAACAGUUUCUCACACUGUAUAAAAAAGUAUUCUUGUGACCUAAAACCUUCUAGCUACAACAGGGGGAGAUAAAAGAAUAAGACAAAAGCGUCGGGAGUGGAACAUCCAGACUGGCCUUGAGUCUGAAAUUUUAUGCACCUUAAUGGUAUACUAUGGAGAAAUAUGAAAAAGUUCUAACCAUUGGAAGAGGUGCGAGUGCAGAAGUUUUCCUAGUGAAAAGCUUGGAAGCAAAGAAACUUUUUGCACUGAAAAAGAUCAAGAUUGACCCCUCAAAAAGACUGAAAACUAAAGAAGCCGUUCUCCAAGAAGCAUGCAUAUUAGCCAAGCUGAAGCAUCCACACAUUGUCACAUGCCAUGAGUAUUUCUUUGACCCAGGAGAUGAGUAUAUUUCUAUCAUUCAGGAUUAUUGUGACGGUGGGACACUGGAUGAUCUGAUUAAGGAACGACGAGAAGAAGAGUACGUUCCCGAAAAUGAAAUUAUGGAAUUGUUUGUACAGCUUGUCAUGGCUGUGCAGUAUAUCCACUCUAUGAAGAUUUUACAUCGAGAUAUAAAGACCUCGAAUGUUUUUCUUACAAAAAAAGGCAUGCUGAAGCUUGGCGACUUUGGAAUUUCUAAAGUUAUGGAUGACACUUUGGAUAUGGCAAGCACCUGUGUUGGCACCCCAUGUUACCUGAGCCCUGAACUUUGUCAGGAUGUGCCGUACAGCUCAAAGUCUGACGUCUGGGCUGUGGGUUGUCUGCUUUAUGAAAUGUGUGCCUUGAGACCCGCUUUUGAAGCGAGGAAUCUCAUCAGUCUUUUUUACAAAAUUGCUAAAGCAGAGUAUGCCAAAGUGCCGGAAUGCUAUUCAGAGGAAAUGCAUAGCCUAAUUGAGGCUAUUCUUAAUAAAAGUCCUGAGCUACGACCCAGUGCCAGCUAUGUACUUAACAUUCCCUUUGUUCAGGAACAUAUCAAAUUUUUCAUACAACAACAGGAGUCUCAGUUAAACAGACAGCAGCAGUUUUCUAGAAGACCUCAUGAAAUGGAGAAUGGUACAACCACAUCAAAUGAAAAUCUUGGUAAGACAGUCAGAGCUCUGAGUAGCCAAGACAGAGGGAUCAGCAGGUGCAUUUCUGCACCACUUUUUGCCAUUAAAGACGACAACAAAGAGUCUGAGAGUAUCUCUGAAGCAGAAGAGAAUGAUGAAGUACGCAGCACAGGAGGCAACUCUGACUAUUCUGAUGACUUUGACAAUGAAAGCUUGUCAUCUGUAGAUGAGAAUAUAGAAGAAGAAAUACCUAGAGCUGCAUCUGCUUUAAAUGAAGAUGCCGCUGAGGAGAUUUUGGAGACAUCUGAUGAAGUUGAUUGCACUGAUUACCCAGAUGAUUUUGAAGAAGAUGAGGAGGAGCAUCUUACUGAUGUGGUUAACAAUGCCCGCUGUGCCAUGGAAGUAGAGGCAGAUAAUGCAGCCUUUCAUGAAAGUAGGGGACAAGAGAGAUCCUACCCCCUGUCAGCAACAUUGAAGACGUUGCGCGAAAGAUGCAUUGGUAAUGUUGGACAGAAUCUGUACAGUGAAAUUACAUCUCAGUUCCUUAAAGGAUUGACUCCUGCUGAUCUUCAGCCAACAUUUGAGCAUCAGCUUGGCUCAGACCAUCUGGAGACCUGCUACCUGCUAUUUAACAUGGACCAGGAACAGCCCUAGCCACCUGUAAUGGAAGCAGCACAACAGGACAUUGUAAAUGAAUGACUGUCACAAUGCCUUAAAAGUGCAUUUUUGUGAAGAACUUCAUAAAGUAAGGAAUUAUUUUUGUCAUGACCAUGGGCAGGAGAUGUCAAGUUGUAGGAGAUAAGUUUACUGAGUAUGAGUGGAAGUGCAAGACCCACUAUGUGGAGGUAGGGUGGAUAUCCUAAGUAAUGAGGACAUGGUCUGAUGAAAUUUUGUGAAUUCUUUUGCAAGGUACGAGUAUGAUCAAUAUUAUUACCUUGCACAGAAGUCUCUUUAGACUUGCAUCUGUGCACUGACUUUGCCUUUUUAGCAUAGCCAGUCAUAUCCUUCUUAAUCUUUGCAGACUGGUGAGUUGAUAGGAUGAGUAUAUUCAGAUAGUUCUGUUACAUGCCUAGCUUAAUCUUGCACCAUAAAACUUUAGAUGACAUUGAAGGCAGAAGUGCCAUAAGCUAAGAAUGGUUUUCACUGUUUUAUGUUAACCCAUGUUAACUAAGGCCUGUUUUGCCUCUAUUGAAAUAAUGACUAAAAGAAUAUUUCUGCUCCAUCUGUAAUAAUCAUUACUGUAUUACUGUGGUAUUUUCCUUCAUGAGGGGUAACUUCACUAUAUCACUGAACAUACUUUAGCUUUUAAGGGAUGUGGUAUGCACAUAUUUAGAUGAUUAUCAAGAUUAUGAUGUACUCUUGACAUCUGAGAUGCUUAGUGGCAAGACCUGCCCACCUGUUUAUAUAUGCAGAAACAAUGUUUCCUCCUACUUAAAGGGCAAUGCUCCCUUAAUUAUUGUUUUACUUCUUAUUUUAAGAAUGAAAGUAAGGAUACAAGUUGGGCUGUAGGAUUGUCUCAGCCAAGUACAUAUUGGUUAUGUAUUUCUAGAUUUCAGUGAUAUGGAAGAGCUUGAGGUGAAGCCCACAGUAGAUAGUCACUGGGUACAAUGUGACAGCAGCACAUGGAGGGUAAGAGUGCUGCAUUUAGCUUUUCACAUUAAGUUCUUGGCCUUUCAUUAAUAAAGCAUAAAGAGGCUGAUUGUUUUUCAUAUCUCAGCAAGUGCUUCCCUUGCACUUUGCUUGCCAUUGAGUGACCACCGGUGUUUGUCUGUGAGGUGUUAUCAAAAGUAUUUUUCAAAGGAUGAGCAUUCUUGAAGAGUCUGUCUCUCCCCGUUAGUCUGUUGUUGCACUUGUGUCACAGCCAUUUGUGACGGAUCUUUUGUUUACCAAAAAGUUGGUCCCUAACCUUAUUUUCAACAUCUCUGCUUUCGUUUUUUUCUUACUCCUCAGCAGGAGGUUGGUAUGAAUAAUAUGCCAUGUACCAGCUGUUUCAGAUCUGAAUACAUGUCUUCCUUAUGUGUUCUGCAGCAUAACGUUAGUUUAAUUUGCUGCUAAGGUCUGCUGCCUACAAAUUCUUUCACAUGUCAUUAAUGAAUAGAUUCAUCAUUCAUUAUACCUUUAUGUCUUGAACUGCUGUCCCUGUUAUAGGUAGCCUUGCAGGUCUUUGUGUGUGACUGGGUGUGAGUGUGCAUCCUGUGGUGGAUAGGUGUUACAUUAAGGACUGGUUAUAUGGUAGGAUAAUCUGUUGCUUUCCACAGCAUUAUACUGGAUAAAGCAGGUCUAAAAUUGAAUGUGUGACCAUUUGAAAUUGUUCAGAAGUCUCCUUCAUGUUCUGUAACUACAUAUUAAGCCUUCCUUUAAUUUCAACAGAUUGUUUUCAAAUGGCUAGGAGUUCACAGUAUAUAUAAUCAGCAUUUUAUUUUAAGUCGUGUCUCGGAGAUGACAUUUUUAGCAGUUUGUAUUUCCCAUACAAGCAACUGUGUGUCAGUUAAAUAACUUUUAGAUCUAUUUAUCUGAUAUUUAUGCGUUUCACACAGAAUGUCACUAUCUUCUGUUUGCUAGUGCUAAUGAUAUUAAUGUUUAUCUCGGCAGCAACUUUCCAUCUCAGUGAGAUGGAAAGUUGUCGCUGAGAUAAACAUUAAUGUCAUUAUAAUAAUAUAUGCUGUUAUUUUUUGGUCUCUUGCACUGCACAUAAACAGUUUUCAGUUUUAGAAAACUGACCACUACUUCUAUUUACGUGAUAUCUUCCUUUUUACAUGUUUCUGUUUUGCAAAGGAAUAAUUUAACUGUGAGAAUGUACUGUUUUAGAAUAUUAAUUUUUAAAGCUAAAGUAGUUUGGUAUGUCAGGAUUAGUUUGUGUAAAGUAGUUACAGGAAUGUAUUCCCUGUACAUCUGCUAUUAAUUGGUAUGAAACAGAGGUGAAUGAGGAGAGAAAGAGAAGGAUGUUUGUGUAUUUUGUGUAUUAAUAUGUAGUAAGUAGAGUACAAUUCAGUGCUAUAAGACACUGCAGAAAAAGUGAUUUAUGUUUACUAAAUCUAUUUUAUGUACUGUAGUAAACUGUUAUGGGGCACUGCUUAUCUGGACUUUGUCACAGGGAUCAGCUUCUUAGCUGAACAUUCUAGGUUUCUUUUUUUUUUUCUUGAAUUGUUAUAUUUAAUUUUUAACAUUUGUAUAGGAUUUUUAUGCAUAAGUUGUAGCAUUGUGUGUGUGGGGGAAGAGAGCGAUAGUUUCUGUCCAGAAUAAUUUAAUAUCUAAAACAGAUCUGAAAAUGUCAAGUCUUUCUGAAUUAUAUUGUAAAUCUGUGGGUUCUAUUUUCAAGUAAAUCUUGCCUAAAGACCAAA